AUGACCUUGUGCCGCACACAUUCCGUUGACGUGCGUCAGCGGUGUAAUACAGGCGCCACGUCCUGGGCUGAUGUUCGCAAAUGCCUCGAAUCAAUGACUGAGUUGGUGAAAGCAACAAGAGACCAUCUCUCGCAAGUGGGAUCAUGUGGUGAAACCGCCGAUGCGCUCCGCGAAGUCGAAGAGGCAGCCUCCCUAUCAUUGCGUCAGGGAUUCGAGCACAUUCGGCAUCACAACGAGAGACCCAUCAUCGUCGAGGGGAGGUUUCGAGGUUUCGAGGGCGUCUGCGGUUGCGAUAGCGACCAGGAUCUCGUCUUUGGCGGGAAGGGCCUUCAGUACAUUCAGUGGAAUGACAACGGGUCCUACACCAUCAAAGGGAGCGGUCCACUUCAUGAGCUGGUCGCUGGAGUCAACGCCUAUAUCUCCAGAGUUCGCACCAGCGAGGCAACCGCCAACACUCUCCAAGAGCUCAACAAGAAUGCCGAGGAGCUUCUUCGGAAGUGCUUUGUCGGCGAAGACAUGCGGCUGCAAGCCAAAGUGAGCUUCAUCAAACGAAUCAUGAAGUUGAAGCAGCAGCGCAAAAAGAUCGAAGACGCACAGGACGUCGAAAACACACCCAAGGUCGAGAACACACCCAAGGUCGAGGACAUGCUCAAAGUCGAGGACGCUCAGAGAGCCGAGAACGGCCAGAAAGCCAAGAAGAUCAAGGAGAUCAUGGUGAAGCUCGAGUCCAAGAAAGAUCUUGAUGAGGUUGCCGCUCUUUUCGCAGAAAUCAGCCAAGUCGCUGGCUCGAAGCGCAAGGUCGACGAUGCUGGUCUCGAUGGAAGCAUCGAGGAGGAGCAGCAAUGGGUCCACGUUUCCGAGAAGGCGAUGUCACUGCAGGACAGUCCCAAGCCACUGGAGUUCCGGCCCAAGCAUGUCUUGGUAGGCCUGACACAAUUCGACGACGAGAAUCUUCCGCCACGAAAGGAGCGUGGCGACCACGGAGCCCGGAAGCUAAGCUCGAAAUCAAAGUCGACCCCAUCAAAUCGCAGUGUACUGAGCAAGAUCGAACGAGAUGCCUUUCGAGAACCCAAACGAACGGCGGCGACGGCUACAGCAGCGGCCCGAAGAGACGAUGACAACUUCGAGAGGCACAAUCAACUGCUACAUACGGAACCCUCAGAAUAUGGCAUGUACCGACCGUCGAUAAAGUUGACCCAGGACAAUCUCUUCCACCCGUUCUCGCAGUCGCCGAUGGCAGAGAUGCGAGAAAGGGACCGACUGACACGAGAGAAUGCCUACUGUCCACAUCCACACCACUACAAAACCCGCGAACCUUCGUCACCCAAUGAUCCCGAGAGUAGGAAGCAGAAUGCUGAUGCAGUCGGCGAACCGCCAGCACAUGUCUCUUUUGAGUGUCCGGACUGCGGUAUCGCCACAUACUGUUCACAAGAGCAUUGGGAGGACGACUACGAGUCACAUCUUGAGAUCUGUGAAACGCUACGGCAGAUCAAUGAGGACGACCAUGAUUUGCGCUCAGGCAGAUACUUUUCAGAGUUCGAGUACCCUGGUCCGCAGCUGGAUGAGAUCUUGGUGAAUUUGACAUCGUGGGAUACGGCACUUUAUACACGUGGAUUCGAAGCCAUAAAUGCAGAACGACCAAUGCGGCAGGCCACAAGACUGCUUACGUAUCCGUACACCGUCGGCAGUAUCUUGCACGAGUUGAGCCCGUACAAUCUACGACAAGGAGGACGACUAACCACAGAAGGCCUGAAAAGCUUGAGCGCUCUACGAUACACGUUACAUCCACCACGAGCCGGUCAAGGCACAGACAUAGCUGGUCUACGAUUAUCCAGUCCCCCCGUCCGGAUAUUCAUCCUCGGAGCUCGAGCAGAAUCGUCAUUACCACGCGAAGUCUGGAUCCAACUCAGCUAUCUCUUCGGCCGUGCAAAACUACAUCUCGUCUUCAUCGGCCCUGAAGCCAUGGCCAACCGCGACGCAGAAUUUCCCCUACCCGAACGGACUCCAGAAAAUCCAUUCGGCGCCAUCGUCGAAGAUCGAAUAUCCGACAACAUGAAAAUCACCACCUAUGUCGACUACUUCCACACACUACAUGAAGCACAGCACUUUGCACCUUACGAUCCGUACUUUGACUGCUUCAUGCUUUACCAUCCCGGACUGGGCCACCCGAGCUCAGCUCAUGAGUGGGAGAAAACGUUGCCUCAGCUACUAGAGACGAAGGUUCCGGUCAUAUGUACUGGUUAUACGGACUGGGAUAUGCAGAGAGACAUUGACUGGGUGUCGACCAAGUGCAAGGGCGAAUACGAUAUUCUGAUGGAGCCGGGAGAAAAUCGGUUCAGGAGUUUACGAUGGGAUCUAAACGACCUAGAUCCGCAGGACAUCAGUUGUGGUAACUGGGGAGUGUGGGCUUUUCGAGGCAAGCGCUAUGAAGCGCAGCAGAAAAAUAACGAAGCAUAG